CAGACUAAUAACAGCUUGGUACCUACCUAUAAAUUAAGUAAGAGUUUACUAGUUUAGACGCAGGUAUUUAACAUUUAUUAAUUCCGUUCCAAAUGUUCUAAAUAGUGGCAUGUCGGCGUAUUAAUUACAUUUUAUAAUAUUUCGUUUUUGUCAUUAAACUUCUUGCUAGUUACGAUUCAUGGUCGAUACGCAUUUCGUUUGGACUUAAGGAGCACAGCAGACAUCAGUCAAAAAUAAUACCUAAUAUUCUGAAAUUUUACUGUUUAGCAAAAAUAACUGUCUAAAAUGCAGCUUCCCGAUCGAAGAAAAUUGUUUCAACAACGYCAUCAUCGUAGAGUAGAAAUUGAAGCUCAGCUGCGUAGAGCACAGAUUGAAGAACAGUCUAGUAGUGAAAAUUCUAGUUCUGAAGAUGAAGAUUCAUUUGAAGAUGAAUCAGAAGAAGAAGUAGGUGAAGAUGAAUCAGAAGAUGAAAUGGUAAAUGAAGAUGAAUCAGAAGAAGAAGUAGUAAAUGAAGGCGAAUCUGAAGAAGAAGUAGCAAAUGAAGAUGAAUCAGAAGAAGAAAUAAUAAUUGAAGAUGGAUCAGAAGAAGAAGCUGAUGAAUCAGAAAAAGAAGAAGAGGAAAUAAUUGAUGAAGAAGAGUACAAUACAAGUUUCAAUGAAAAAAGCCUGGAAAAUAGCAGUAGGAGUCAUAAUAGUUCUAAUAAUCUUUCUAUAAAUACAAUAAAAGUUAAAGUUGAUGAUAGUAGUAAAAUAUCUGUUGUCCAUGAUGAAUCUAAAGAAACAUUACAGGAUAAUACUGUUAUUGUCAAUAAUAAUGUAUUAAUGAACAAAAAUAAUUCUGAUCAUGAUGAUGAAGAUGAUGAUGAUAAAUCACAAAUAUUGUACAACUCUAAUUUUAAUAUGAAUGAUCUACAAAAUCAAGUUGUUGAAUGGAUGAUUACCAGAGAAAGUCAAAAACCAUAUGGUGGAAUAAUUGCAACUGAUAUGGGUACCAUCGAUUGCAAAAUUACAAUAUUAAUGCAUUUGUUAUCAAAGUCCAAUCUUCCUAAUUCGGAUAACACACAAUCAGAAGGAGAAACUGAUUUGGAUGAAACCAUUUCCUCAAAAGGAUGUACAUUGAUUUUAUGCCCAAGAUCAAGUAUAGAUCAUUGGUUUGAUCUUUUGAAAAAACAGGGUUCAUUAAACGUGUGGCUUCAUUAUGGAAGAUGUCGAGAUAUAUCACUACAUGAUUUAACUCAAAAAGAUGUCGUUAUCACAACAGUUACACUGGUUCUAACAAGUUUCCGCAACAAACUAAAUGAUCCAUUAUAUCAAAUAAAAUGGCAUCGAAUAAUAUUGGAUGAUAUCAAGCUUUAUAAUUAUAAACAGCAAACUUCCAAGGCAUUAUGUCAAUUAUCAGGUAUUUGUCAUUGGGUUUUUUCUGGACCAACAAUUAUUGACAACGAYGAUGAUGAAGCUAUCUAUAGCUUAAUUAAAUUUAUACAUUAUAAGCCAUUAAACAUAUUUGAAAAUUGGAAAAACUGGAUAAAAGCAAAUAAAACUGUAUCAAUAUAUGAAAAGUUGGGGCAUUUAUAUUAUAAAAUGAAGAUUGUUUGAAUAGAAGAUGAUA